UGUGUUUUGUGUCUACGUUGCAGCUGCAGAGUUUCAUUGAGGAAGAAUCAACAAAGAACAGCUCUGAUCUCAUGAAUGUUUUCCACUGAUUGGCAUUCAGCUCACAGUCUGCUUUUGCCAGAGCAAUGACAUCCGUAACAAGUGAUGUUUAUGGGUCCCUGCCCGGAGGACACAGAGUGAGAAGGUUUCGUCUUCAGUCAGAGUCUGUCAAGGUUGAAAUUAUAUCCUUUGGCUGUAUAAUAACUUGCUUAGAAACUAAAGAUAGACAUGGACAUUUCUCAGACAUUGUACUUGGCUUUGAUGAUUUAGAAGGUUAUACAAACAAACAUCCUUAUUUUGGAGCAGUGAUUGGUCGUGUUGCAAACAGGAUUGCCAAAGGUACAUUCACUGUGGAUGGUAAGGACUAUCUUCUACCAAUCAACAAUGGGCCAAAUAGCAUCCAUGGAGGACUUAAGGGUUUUGAUAAGGUGCUCUGGACUCCAGAGGUGGUAGAGAAUGGUGUGAAAUUCUCUUACACAAGUGGUGAUGGAGAGGAAGGAUACCCCGGGGAGUUAAACAUCUGGGUGACUUACACGCUUGUUGGUAAUGAACUGGUUUUGAAUUAUAAGGCUCAGACCAAUAAGACGACACCCGUAAAUUUAACCAAUCACUCUUAUUUCAAUUUGGCAGGACAGCGGUCACCGAAUUUUAAUGACCAUGAAAUUUCCAUUGAUGCUGAGCACUACCUUCCGGUAGAUGACACAAUGAUACCCACAGGAGACAUAAACCCAGUUGAAGGAACAAACUUUGAUUUGAGGAAACCAGUUAAUGUUGAGAGCCAGAUCGCCAAAUUGCAAGAAAAUGGGUUUGACCAUAACUAUUGCUUGAAGGAGUCACAAAAAGAACAGACUUGUGCAAGGGUAUACCAUAAGCCUAGUGGCAGAGUUCUCAGUGUGCGGACAACGAAGCCUGGAAUCCAGUUUUACACAGCUAAUUUCUUGGACGGAUCUCUGAAAGGCAAAGGUGGUGCUGUAUAUCCAAAGCAUUCAGCAUUUUGCCUUGAAACUCAGGCAUGGCCAGAUGCUGUAAAUAAGCAUCAGUUCCCAAACAUUCUGCUACACUGUGGUGAAGAGUACAACCAAACAACUUGGUUUGUGUUUUCUGUGGAAUAAAAGGUUUUCUACAAAGUAGGUAUGCACGCAUCUUCUACACCUCCCAGAGAACUACAUUCUGGCAAGGGCAUCGAACAGAAUUUUGAAUUUCAUUGCAUGUGGCGGCUACAAGUUGUUAAAUUCUG